AUGCAAAACAGACAGCAGACCAGCGACAAGACACCCGAACUGGCGCCCUUCGGCGGAGCGCAGUGGGAAGGCCACGCCGCGCAGGAUCCAGGACCGGCCGCCCAGCGCGGCACACCGCGCCACCUGCCACACUUCUUCUCGCCUCUCAAGAUUCGCGACGUCACCUUCAAGAACCGCGCUGUCGUCUCGCCAAUGUGCACUUACUCGGCGGUGGACGGCUUCAUGAACGAUUGGCACCUUACCCACCUGGGCACCUUUGCCAGGGGUGGCGCGGGUCUGGUCGUGUUCGAGGCCUCGGGCGUGCAGGACGUGGGGCGCAUCACCCCCUGGGACGCCGGCGUGUGGAAGGACGAGCACAUCGCGCCCCUCAAGCGCAUCGUGGACUUCCUACACUCGCAGCAGGCCCUCGCCGGGCUCCAGCUCGCCCACGCCGGGCGCAAGGCCUCGACCUAUCCGCCACACCUGACAUUCCCUCAGCCGGGCGCUACCGUGCCCGUGGAACAGGGCGGCUGGGUCCCUGUUGGCCCCUCAGCCAUUGCGUGGGACGACAAGUCGCCGGUGCCUCACGCGCUGACGAAGGACGAGAUCCGGGACACGGUGCAGGCCUUUGCCGACGCGGCGGUCCGGGCGGACAAGGCCGGGUUCGAUGUGGUGGAGAUCCACGGCGCGCACGGCUACCUCCUCUCCUCGUUCAACUCGCCACUCGCCAACCACCGCACCGACGAGUACGGUGGCAGCUUUGAGAACCGAACACGAUUCACGCUGGAGGUGGUGCGGGCGGUGCGCAAGGUGUGGCCCGCGUCGAAGCCGCUGUUCCUGCGACUGUCGAGCUCGGACUGGGUUGAGGGUGGCACCACCAUCGAGGACACGGUAAGGCUGGCCAAGCUGGUCAAGGCCGAAGGCGUCGAUCUCGUCGACUGCUCGUCCGGCGGUCAAAGCCCUCUGCAGAAGAUCGGCAUCGGGCCGCUGUAUCAGCUGCCGUUUGCCGAGCAGGUCAGGCGCGAGGCCGACUUGCUCACCGGCGCCGUAGGGCUCAUCGUCGAACCCCUCCAAGCCGAGGAGAUCAUUUUCCACAAGCGCGCUGACCUGGUGUUCAUUGGGCGCGAGCUGCUGCGAGAUCCGUUCUGGGUGCUUCACGCAGCCAAGGAGCUCAAACACGACAUCCACUGGCCUGUGCAGUACGAGUGGGCAGUCAACAGGCCCGUUCCGCCGCCGGUGACCAGCGCGGCCAAGAGCUCUUAA